AUGGAGUCCGGGUCGCCGGCGUCUACAGGAAGUCCCGCCCCGGUGCUGGGGCUGCGCCGGCUCUCAUUCGCCUACCAGGGCCUGCUGGAGAUCCCCUACGAGCCAAUCCUGGAGCAGAGGGACUCCCUGGAGGUGCUGGACCUCAGCUACAACCUGCUGGACGACCCGGCUCUGCUGGGGGAGCUGGCGUGUCUCAGCACGCUGAUCCUGGACUGCAACAACUACUCGGCGCACGUCAAGUUCCCCUACAUGCCCGCGCUGCGCACGCUCUGGGUCAACAAGAACAAGAUCCGCAACCUGCCCACCAUCGUGGAGGAGAUACGCUGCAAGUUCCCCAACAUCAAGAUUCUGAGCAUGAUGAACAAUGAGGCGGCUCCCAGCUACUUUAAUGGAGGAAGCCUGCCACAGUACCUGGACUACAGGCUGUACGUGAUCAGUCAGCUGUCCAGUCUGGAGGUUCUGGACGACACCGAGGUUCAGGAGGAGGAGCGAGCGCUCGCCCGGAGGACGUACCGCGUGCAGCGCCUACGCGAGAGCACCAAGAGGAAGAAGGAACUGCCCCACUGACCCCACCAGGGCACCAAGAGGACAGAACUGCCCCACUGACCCCACCAGGGCACCAAGAGGAAGAAGGAGCUGCCCCACUGACCCCACCAGGGCAACAAGAGGAAGAAGGAGCUGCCCCACUGACCCCACAAGGGCAACAAGAGGACAGAACUGCCCCACUGACCCCACAAGGGCAACAAGAGGAAGAAGGAACUGCCCCACUGACCCCACCAGGGCACCAAGAGGAAGAAGGAACUGCCCCACUGACCUCACCAGGGCAACAAGAGGACAGAACUGCCCCACUGCCCUCACCAGAGCAACAAGAGGAAGAAGGAACUGCCCCACUGACCCCACAAGGGCAACA